UAAAAAACCCAAAAAAAAAAAUACUCAAUACCAACUAAGCUUACGAGCCUCAAUCCAAAAAAAAUAAAUAUCAUCUGUUGUCAAUCUUUUCGUACCUAAAUCGAAAUUACGCCCAGUGAUCCGUUCGUGUCUAGUUCGUGUACUAUUCAAAUCACUUUGGCCUUGAAUUUCCUAAUCGAUUAAAUUUAAAGUUUAAAGCGAGAGAUUUUGUGGGUCUCCAGCGAGACUCACCCAACAUUACAAAAUUGUGAAUCGUGCAAGUGUCCAUCAUCUAGCGACCGCCCAGGAAAACUGAACGGAAGAGGAGUCUCUACGCUGUUUGAGGAAACCAAUUCCGAUAAAUUGAUGGAGUUUGCAUUUCUGUAGUAUCAAGCCCCAUCCCAAAAUCCCUUCCUACAACCAACCCCUCGUCCCCACUCCGCCACUAUUUUUUUGUUCUUUUUUUACACGUAACUAAUCAAAAUUUUAAGUUGAUUUGCGACCAAAAGUUUUUGUUUAUUUUUUGUUUCCUUUCCCCAUUUUAAACUAGCAUCAACAACAAAACUUUAAAGAGUCAUGAACAAUGAAUAUUCUUAUUUGACCGACAUGCAGCAAAAUUGUAAACUGUAUGGCAUGGUUGAGAUCGACAAGCUGAGAGCCGUGUGGAAGGCGCGAAAGUUUGCCAUCCAGGUGCCCGACUCAAUAGUGCAGAGCGGGCUGCUGCCCUCGAUCUUUGAUUGGUCGCUCUUGGGGCAGCUGAUGCCGGCGGAGCAAACGAAUGGAGAAUUGCUGCUGCAACAGCGUAUCAACGAUUUGGAGCUGUUGAACAGUCUGACGACGUCGCUGCAGCGCAUCCAAAUCCUUCCAGAAAUGGGAUUGGAUGUGGAUGUGAUCAUGGGCAGGCCCAGCUACAAUGUGCUUGUCCAGGACGAUGGCAGCAUAUUAGUCAAGGAGCUGCCCAGCCUGCACAUCCAUGUGUAUGCGGCCGAGACGCGAGCUGCCGCCGGCCAGGACUGUGACAUGCUGAACGAGGUGAACACCAUGGCCAUUGAGCAACGGAAGCAAUUGGCCACACUGAUCAGCCAGAAGAGCUCAGUCUUCACAAAGACCGAAACCUUGGCCGAUGAAACGAAGCAUGACGAGCCCGAAGAUCAGCAGGACGAGCGCACGGAAUUGGCCCACGAUCCCAACGAGGAGCUGGGAGAGUUUGAGGAGUUUCUUGAGCGCACCUGCACCUUGUCCAGCAAUCGCAGCAAGCUCGAGCAGCAACUCGGCCAGCAAAAGCAACAGCAGUCUCCGACUGAACAGCAGCAUGAGCAGCCGGAGUUGAAGGAACAGGAACAGGAUCAGAUGGUGCCGCCGCCCACAGAGUCGCCUGUUCCUCAAAUCGAUGCGGCCGUCGUCGUCGAGACCCGGCUGCGACGCCGUCAACCGUUUUGGAUACGUUUUGGUAAUUGGCUGCGCCAGAGCCUGCCACGCCUCAACCAAUAGAGAUCAAAGAUCAAAGUGACCAAAUCAAAUGAGAAAUGCCGCAAACUGUCUGUGAUAUCUGAAACGUCCAUGGAUUGUGCCUAGUCGCAGCGAAUCCUAAGCCCUACGAUGCUAAAACUCUUGUUCAAUGCAUAAAGCCACAAAUAAAUUUAAUAAAUGAAAUAAAAUAGGAA